AUGGGACCCCUGACGACUUCCUUCUCUCCUCCCCAACCAGUGAGCCGAAAUGAGCGCAGCCACUGCCCAACACAGACGGUGAAGAAACUCCUGGAAGAACAGAGGCGUCGCCAGCAGCAGCCUGACGCUGGUGCUGUACCGAUUCAGUUCUCCCCUCCCCUGACCCAGCCCCUGACCCAGUCUGUGAAUGAGGCCGAAGCUGGCCAUACUCACUUCCCAACAAUCCAGGAGACUGUGGGUUCUGGAAUUGGCACCCUGGCACCCCUGACCAGCUUUCCAGACUGGGACCCCAACACACAUGCCGCCUAUACAGACAGCCCCUGCUCUUACCCUGCUUCUGCUGCUGAAGGGUUCCUGAAUCCUGAGUUCUACCAGCCCUCGGACUCAGGGCGAUCCUGUGCAUUUUCCCUAGGGAUGGAGGACCCCCUGAACACUCGGCUCUAUGCAGAACCUUCCCUGUCACAGGCAGAAUCCUGGAGAGUUUCUGGGCCCCCCUCAGUACCCCCACCAUUGCUCCCAUCCACUGGACCAUCCUUGGAGACAGCCCGAGCUCAUAUGCUGGCUUUGGGGCCACAACAGCUGCUGGCCCAGGAUGAGGAGGGAGACACGCUCCUGCACCUGUUUGCGGCUUGGGGACUACGCUGGGCAGCRUAUGCUGCAGCAGAGGUGCUCCAGAUGUACGGACAUCUGGACAUCCGUGAACAUAAGGGCAAGACCCCUCUUUUGGUGGCUGCUGCCGCCAACCAGCCGCUGAUUGUGGAGGAUCUGUUGAACCUGGGAGCGGAGCCUAACGCCACGGAUCAUCAGGGACGUUCUGUCUUGCACGUGGCUGCUACCUACGGGCUCCCAGGAGUCCUUUCGGCUGUGUUUAAAUCUGGUGUUCAGGUGGACCUGGAAGCCAGAGACUUCGAAGGACUCACACCCCUCCACACAGCCAUCCUGGCCCUCAAUGUUGCUAUGCGCCCACCCAGCCUCUGUCCUCGGACACUGAGUACCCAAGCCAGAGACAGGCUGAAUUGUGUCCAGAUGUUGCUGCACAUGGGUGCAGAUCAUACCAGCCAGGAGAUCAAGAGUAACAAGACAGUUCUGCACUUGGCCGUGCAGGCUGCCAACCCUACCCUGGUUCAGUUGCUGCUGGAGCUGCCCCGGGGAGACCUGCGGGCCUUUGUCAACAUGAAGGCCCACGGGAACACAGCCCUCCACAUGGCAGCUGCCCUGCCCCCUGGGCCACCCCAAGAGGCUAUUGUGCGGCACCUGUUGGCAGCCGGCGCAGACCCAACGCUGAGGAACCUGGAGAAUGAGCAGCCUGUCCACCUGCUGCGACCAGGGCCGGGCCCUGAGAGGCUCCGGCAGUUGUUGAAGAGGAGCCGUGUGGCACCCCCAGGCUUGUCCUCUUAGGACUCAAACCCAGAACCUGGACUGAUUUUCCAGUCCCCACCGUCCCGUGGGACAGCCAGCGUAUGCUAAUGUUGCAAAUCCAUGAUAAUGUAUGUGGAAUGUCCUGCCAUUAGGGUCUUACAUUAAAACCCCAAAAUGGCUGC